ACGACGUGAUGUUUCGCACUGCACUCUGGGUAACAUCAAGUGUUCAACAACAAGGGAAGAUGUCUUGCGCUGUUGUUUGUGGAAUUCGAUGAAAUAUAUCCAUUAGAAUCUGCUAUUUGCUCGCGAAUUCAGUCCUUUGAGACUCUCAGCUGUGUAUUUCACAUUACAAGGCUAUUAAAUCGUCAUCUGGAAGAAGUUUUAAAAACAGGGCCAGCGAAAAGCCAAAAAGACACAAAUUCAAAAUGGCCACCAAGGACAUCACCAUUGGAACCAAAUUCAGCUCAUACAAAGAGCUUGAAAGAAGAAUACAAGCAUACGAACAAAAGCAUUUUGUCAUAUUUUCCAAGUCAAAGACCCGGACCUUAAGCGCUUACAAGAAAAGAUGUCCCAAAAAGAGGACCAACAGUGACUUACUUUAUAGUGAAAUGACAUUUGCUUGUAUGCAUGGUGGAGUCUUCAGGUCGUAUUCCAAGGGUAUUAGAGCACUAAAAAGAUCGCGCAAACUAGGAUGUCCACUAGCUAUCAAACUGUCAAUAUCUAAUGAUGGUCAAGAACUUGUUGUGAGGCAUAUCAACAAUAAACACAACCAUGAAGUGAAUGAGAGUGAUUUCAAGAAACUUCUGGAGCGAAGAAGACUGGAUAACAGAUCAGGUCUAAAGGUUCUUGCAAAAAGGAAAGAAGAUACAGAGAAUCAGCCAAAGACGAAAAAAGAUACAGAGAGUCAACCAGAGAUGAAAGUAGAUCCUGAAAAAAAGAAACAGUCCAAAACAGAUUUGAAGGCUAAGAAAUAUGAUGCAUUUAUGAUUACACAAAGGUUGGCAACCCUUGCAAGUAAGGCUAGUGGGCAAGCCUUUUGGGAGAGGCUUAACCUUUUAAGGCAAAUAGCAGGAGCUUGGAAACGUGGAGAAGAAGUUUAUGUUAAAAGUUCAAGUGACAACAAGGACGCUAUUGUUGCUGAUGACAUGGAGUAUACAGAAUCUAUUCAGAAUGUAGAUGCUGAAAGUACAACCUAUGUCACUGAUAAAAAUGAAGAAGUGGAAAAUGAUAGGAUUUCACAAGAAGAAGAUGAAACUGUAGAAGAGGAGGAAGACGAAAAUGAUCCUGCUAUUGUCAUUGUUGCUGCUCCUCUAUCUGAAGUUGAAAUGCCCUUUCAGCUCUAAAGAAGCGCAUCACUGCCUUAAAGCGAAGCAAGUCAAGCAAGACCCCUACAGUACUAGUCUAGAGUACAGUGAGAAAGCUAGAAAAUGUUGACCUCUUUACAAGAAACUUCUUCUUCUGAAAGAGUCAAUGGCACUGGAAGUAAUGGACAGCUUAAAAUGCUUAGAUGGGGGAUAAGUCCUUUGUUGCUAUACUGUGUAUGCAACUAUGACCAUACAUUCAUCAGUUCUGCAAGCCCAGACCGACAUGUCAUGAGAUGCUGUUGCCAACGGUUUUAAGAAGAAUUACCAUUUUGAAAAAUUUACAGUUACUUAUCCAUGCACUGUCUUGAAAUAAGUAUUCUUACUACAAAGGUUGAUUCUGAUCCAACCAAGACUAGAAACCCCUAGAUGUAGCUGGUGAUUCCUUGCUUAACUUGGAUGACUGUAAUGUUGUUAAAUGUAGAAUGUUUUACUGUUUUCUUACACAAUAAAUGAUUGAUGAGCCAA